CUGUCUCGCUCCCUCCGCCUUGGCCUACGCUCACUGACUGACCUCGAGCUUGCUUUCAUCUCACGCACAGUCGCCAUCUCCCUGCCCCCUUUCCGCCGUCCCUCACGGCUGUCUGCUCAGUUCUCGUUUUAGGCUGCAUCACUUGUUCGCUAGCGUGCUGUGACCAGGAGAGAAAAAGGGUUGCUGGCAAGUCGCGUUGCGAGCCGAUUUUCUCCGCGUAGUCUAGUCCUGCCAUUUCCUUGCGACCACUGACGCUGUUUCCUGCGCUUGAGUGCCGGGUAAAGGUUUAAUUCCGCCUCCGUCUAUGUUACCAGAACCGCUGCGAUCGUCUCAGGUUCUCUCCGUAUUAGGUUUUGUUUAGUGUUUCUUUCUAACCCCCGGAUCGCCGCCGAUCGUCACAGCCUCUCGCGGCAUGGUGAAAGAGACGGAAUACUACGACCUAUUAGGAAUCAAGCCCGAGGCCAUCGCGUCGGAUAUUAAAAAGGCGUACUAUAUACAGGCCCGGAAAGUCCAUCCCGACAAGAACCCAAACGAUCCCGAUGCUGCCGCUAAGUUCCAGCUGCUGGGCGAGGCGUACCAGGUGCUGAGCGACCCGGGGCAGCGCGAGCGGUAUGACGCGUGCGGCAAGGCGGGCGUGUCCACCGAGGCGAUGGUGGAUCCAGCGGCCAUGUUCGGCAUGCUUUUUGGCAGCGAGGCGUUCGAGGACUACGUGGGGCAGCUCGCCAUGGCCACCGUCGCCGGGCUCGCUGCCGACGCGCCCAACGCCUCUGCCUCCUCCUCCGCCGCUGGCGCGGACAGUAGCGCGGGAGGGGGGGGCGGGGGGGGGAGUGGUGGUGCGGAGAUGGCCAAUGGGGGGGCGGACGGGGGCGUUGAUACCCUGGAGCUGCAAGCUAAACUCAAGGCGGCGCAAGACCAGCGCAUAGGCGAGCUGGUGGAGAAGCUUAAAACGAGGCUGCACCUGUACACGGCGAGCGGCAAGGAGGAGUUUGUGCAGUGGGCGGAGGAGGAGGCGGAGCGCCUCUCACAGACCGCCUUUGGCGAGCACAUGCUGCACAGCAUCGGGUACAUCUACCAGCGGGCGGCGGCGAAGCAGCUGGGCAAGAACCCGCUGCUGCUGGGCGUGCCGUUCGUGGGCGAGUGGUUCCGGGAGAGGGGCCACCGCUUCUCCACUCAAGUCAGCGCCGCCGUCGGCGUGCUGCAGCUGUACCAGGCGCACCAGGACAUGAGGCGCAAGGUGGAGGAGGAGCAGAUGGAUGAGGAGGCCAUGGCCGCGUUCCUGGAGAGUCGCCAGCAGUCGCUGCUGGAGUCGCUGUGGAAGCUCAAUGUGAUCGACAUCGAGGGCACGCUCUCCUCCGUCUGCCAGCAGGUGUUGGUGGAGGCAGGUGAGAAGAAGUCCAAGCUAGAGCCCCGGGCCAGGGCGCUCAAGAAGCUAGGGCAGAUCUUCUACAAAAAGGCAGUGCAGCUGAGGGCCAAUUCUCGCAGUGCUGCUCUGGCUGCUAGAGCCACCUCCGGCUCACGAUCAGCCUCACACCGCCACUCUGAGAGUUGGUCCGGUGAUCCUUCGCAAGCAGCAGGCACUUCAAGCGCAGAGGGUGACAUGCCGCCUCCACCACCGGCACCCAACCCCACUAGUCGUGGAGACCUGGAGAAGAUGUCAGUGGGUGAUUUGAAGAGGUUCAUCACAGGCAAGGGAGGGGAGGUGCGUGGGCUGUUGGAGAAACAAGACCUGAUUGACGCUGCUACUGCGCUUCUCUGACCAUUGUAUUAUUAGUUCCACUAUUGGCUCUGCAGAAGCUCUUUUGUAGAAUGCUUUUGGUGUUCUUGAUGAGUCUUAGUGAUGCUUUAGCAAAUAUGCAUGCUAAUAGACGUUAUAAUUGGGAUAAGGUCUGUUCAGAGGAUUUGGCCUCUUUCCAGGACCAACUCCCUUAAGUAGAAAUCAAUGGCAAGGAUAUUGAAGUGUCUUGAUUGAAUGUCUAGAAGAG